CUCUGACGUCACGGCGUAACGUAUACUGUGUACGGAAGUGUCACGUCUCUGCUAUGUGCUUGUAGCUUCUAGCUGCUGCUGCUGCUCUACAGACAAAUGCAAUCUCACACUUUUUCCAUCAGGAACUUGGCGCUAUUGUUAUCGGUUUUCAUGCAGCCAACACUGACAGUUUUUACAGUAUGAUACUAAAGCAGAAAGGUUGUCAAAUUCCUACUAGAUAAAGAUUUCCAGCAGCUUACAGGAAGUCCACAAUGAGUUCUCAGGAAGUACUGAAGAAUACCUCCACUCUGUUAUCAUAUAAUGUGCUGCUGCAGGUGUUGUUCCGUAUCCUCACCUUCUUGCUGAAUGCAUUCACACUGAGGUUUGUGACCAAAGAGCUGAUUGGUGUUGUCAACGUCAGGCUCACACUACUGUACACCACAUUAGUAUUUUUAUCCAGAGAAGCUUUCCGGAGAGCCUGUCUGAGUGGGGGAUCCAAGACGAAGCACAGCUGGAGACAAGCUAUCAACCUCAUAUGGCUGACGUUUCCUCUGGGAGUGUUAUGGGCGACCCUGCUGACCUGUGUGUGGCUGUGGCUCCUGGAGGUCCCCGACCCCCAGACUGUCCCUUACUAUGGCCCUGCUGUGGUGUUGUUUGCAUUGUCAGGAGUGCAGGAGCUCCUGGCUGAGCCCCUCUGGGUGCUGGCUCAAGCGCACAUGUUUGUCCGAGUGAAGGUGAUCGCCGAGAGCUUGGCAAUGAUCACUAAGUGCAGUAUAACCGUGGUGUUGGUGGUGUUUGCCCGUGAAUGGGGCCUUUACAUCUUCUCCGCUGCUCAGAUGAUGUUCACAGGAUCCCUGGUGCUGUGCUACGUUGUUUACUUCAGUCGUUACAUAGGCUCUGAAGAGGCAGCCAAGAAGGGUUUUCCUCUGCACCGUGUUGGAGAUCUCUUGCCCUGUAGAGCUGAUGGAGAGCCGCUGCUUGAUAGGACUCUGGCCGGGCUCACAUGGAGCUUCUUCAAGCAGUCCUUCCUGAAGCAGAUCCUGUCAGAGGGUGAGCGGUACAUCAUGACCUUCUUCAACGUCCUCAGCUUUGGAGAGCAGGGAGUUUAUGAUAUCGUCAAUAAUCUGGGCUCCAUGGUGCCCCGCUUCUUCUUCUUUCCUGUCGAGGAAAGCUUCUACAUCUUCUUUGCCAAAGUGCUGGAGCGAGGACGUGACGUCAAAAGUCAGAAACAAGAAGACAUUGCCAUUGCAGCAGAGGUCCUGGAGUGUCUGCUGAAACUGGUGCUGGUGGUUGGUCUGAUUAUCUCAGCGUUUGGAUACGCCUACUCUCACUUGGCUCUGGACAUUUAUGGCGGCUCUCUACUUAGCAGUGGGGCAGGGCCCUCUUUGCUGCGAUGCUACAGCUUCUAUGUUCUCAUGCUCGCUGUAAAUGGUGUAACGGAGUGCUUUGUAUUUGCUGCCAUGAGCCAAAAAGAGGUUGACAAGUAUAACCUGGUGAUGCUGGCUCUGUCUGUGUCUUUCCUGUUCCUGUCCUACAUGCUGACAUGGUGGGCUGGCGGUGUGGGCUUCAUACUGGCAAACUGCCUCAACAUGGGCCUCCGCAUUUUGAACAGCCUGCUUUACAUACACCGUUACUUCCAGUCAAGUCAAUGGAAACCUCUGCGAGGCCUUCUGCCCUCCCCGUUCCUACUACUGGCACUUGCUGUCAGUGCCGUUGUCACAGCGCUGUCUGAGGGUUUGUUCUGCUGUGACAGAGGCUCAAUGCUGAGGCUGGUCCAUAUCGGCGUCGGAGCUGCGUGUCUAUCGGUGUGUUUGUGACUUUUUUUUUUCACAGAGACAAGACUUAUUCAGUUUGUGAGGACUCAGCUCUUGCCUCAAUACAGAAAGAAAGACUCUUAAAGAGGACCUAUUGUGCUCAUUUUCAGGUGCAUACUUGUAUUUUGGGUUUCUACUGGAACAUGUUUACAUGAUUUAGUACUCAAAAAAAGUCUUUAUUUUUCUCCGUCUGUACUUCAGCACCUCUUUUCACCCUUUGUCUGAAACGCUGUGUUUGAGCUCCACGUUACAGAAGAAAGGCGGGACUCCAAUCAAGGCGUUUUAGGCAGUUCAGGAGCACUGUUUCUGUCGGGGAGAGUAACUCCCUUUUACAGGCACAAAAAAACUAUACAACACACUAAAGGAAGGGGGAAAAGCACAAAAGCAUAAUGGGUUGUCUUUAAAUGAGUCUGGAAAUUGGGUCACUGAACUGGAAGAAAGCUUCUGUUUCACUACAGAUGGAUUCUAACAAGAGCUGCUGAUUUGACAGUUACUGACUGUGUGAAAGCAACGAAGGAACAACUUCUUUAAUUGACCUCACAUGUUUGUAUGUCAAUGUGUGUAUUUAUGAUGCUGAUAUGUUUUCACUGGGUCAUUCCUGUGUUGAAUCAUACAAGUGUGAACAAACAUGACUGUUUUUGGGAUCCAAUUGUGGCCGAUAAAGAAAUGAAUGCAAUUUAAGAAAACUGUUGAAUUUGUUAAAGGAAUGAUUUGUCCCACAGAAGUAAAACAAGACAAACUCAUUCAUAUUUGCGGUAUUAUAAUUUAUUUAAUGGGCAAAAUAUGGAUUUAUAAAAUGUAAGCAGCCCAAAGGA